AUGGAAGAAAGCAAGUUGCUUGGUCGCAAUACCUCCUCGGACGGUGAUACGGAUUCUUCUGAAUUUGUGGAUGCCUUGGAGCGGGGCUCUAUCCGCAAGACCUCCAUGUCGCGUUGGGAGAUGUAUCGUUGCUGUCUUGAGAUUAUCCUCAUUCUUUGUCUUCUGGGAACGACCACUACGGUGUUCAGACAAAACGCUGGGCGACACGAAACGGCGGCUUGGCCGGCGGGGAGCGACUACAAUCACUUUAUCCCACAUGAUGUGAGCUCAAGAGGGGUUCCUAAGCCGUCUGGCCCUGAUCAGUACGAGGUCACUGCCCAUGCCUUCCAUGACCAGAGUAUCCUAAACGAGACUCUUGAUUCUUAG